AUGUCAGUUUACAUCAGUUUUGCUGUUCUGUUUUCAGUGAUGAUGAUAGCAGAUCUCGUGGGUAACACGCUUGUUGUUCUUGUUGUCGUAAAGAACAAUUCCAUGCAGACGCCUGUAAAUAAUUUGCUUGUCAAUCUUGCUGCAGCAGACAUGAUCGUAGGGAUAUUUUUUGGCAUUCAGUACAUCAUCACACCGUUGGUUAAUCAUCCUGAGGGUCUUACGGGGGAUAUACUCUGCAAGCUCGUCACUGGUGGCGUUCUAGGGUGGGUUGGGGCAGUAUCAUCCGUCUUUUCCCUGGUUGCCAUAGCAAUAGAGCGCUACUAUGCUGUCAUCUUUCCUUUCAGUCGAAAACGAAAGUUGACAAGAAAAAAAGUUGUACAAUUCGCCGGCUUGAGUUGGAUUCUUGCUCUUUUGUGGGCUGGCAUCGGCUUUUUCAUCACGGUUUUCGACAAAGAAGUAAACAACUGCGUACACAGCUGGCCCAACAGGAUUUAUGCCAGUAUUUACACUGUUGGGUGGUCUGUGGUGGCUGGGUUUUUACCACUUGGUAUUAUGAGCUUACUAUAUUCCCGUGUAGUACACCGACUAUGGUUUACGAACCAAUUACGCCAGCGGCAGGCUAACCAGAUGGCAUUAAUACGCUACAGAAGACGAGUCACCAAACUUGUUAUUGCUGUGACAAUCGUCUAUGCCCUUUGCUGGAUUCCGGAACUCACAAUCUACUUUCUGGGUUUCACUGGCACUAUUGAGUUGACACCAGUUCACUUCAGUAUAACUUCAGCUUUGGUAUUUUUGAAUUCAACUAUUAAUCCAAUCAUAUAUAGUCUGCACAGCUCAGCAUUUAGAACACAAUCACGGAACUUGAUUUGUUGCCGCAAUGGUCGAAAAUUCAACCGCAGAGUACAACCAGUACAAAGAACUGAUGGAAAUAACCAGGGGAACAUCAAAAAAGAUAUUAUAGGGAAAAUAGGUAGCGGAAGCGAAAACAUGGCCAUGAAAUAA